UUUCACUGGAGAGGUUCGCUUCGAGAGCUCAUUCUCUCACUCCUCAUUCUGCUUACUUUUUUCAAGUCUUUUUCUCUGGCUGUAGUUCUCAGCGCAUUUCAAGAGGAGGGCAGCACAACCCAGCCGACCAAAACCACCUGUGGAUUAGAAUUUUUGAAAAAUAAAAACUUGCGUGGAUCUUUUUUAAUCUUCUUUGAGAAAAUGUCUCACCCCAGCACCCUGGAUUUAGACAGGUAUGGCACUUUGGAUAAAUCCCGUCGGUCUGCCAGUCGUAGCCAGACAAGAGCACAGAGCAAGCAUGGGGAUGUUCUGUGUGACUUUUGCACCACGAGGAAGCAGAAAGCGGAGAAGUCCUGCUUGGUGUGCCUGGCGUCCUACUGCGAGGCUCACCUACAGUCCCACUUCGACUACCCGGCCAUGAUGAAGCACAAGCUGGUUAAGGCCACGGGUCAGAUGCGAGAGAAGAUCUGUGCACAGCACGACAAGUUGUUGGAGGCUUUCUGUCGCACUGAUCAGACAUCCGUCUGUGUAUUGUGUAUGAUGGAUGAGCACAAACACCACGACAUCGUCCCGGCGGGCACCGAGAGAACCGAGAAACAAAAGCAACUUGGAACCACACUGCACAAAUCCCAAUAUAGGAUUGACCAGAGAAUCAAAAAGUGGCAGGAUCUAAGACAAGCUGUCGAGUCGGUUAAGCACUCUGCUCAAACAGUUCUGGAGGAGAAUGAACGGAUCUUUAGCGAGCUUCUGCUUUCUAUAGAGAGGAAGUACAAUGAAGUGAAGGAGAUGAUCCGCUCCCAUGAGAAGACCACCGUGACCCGGGGCGAGAUACUGCUGGACCGCCUGGAGGAAGAGAUCACUCUGCUGAGGAAGAGACACACCGACCUGGAGAAACUCUCCCACACUGAUGAUCACAUACACUUUCUACAGAGCUGGCAGUCUUUGUCCGGGCCCUCCGGAUACGAAGACCUGAACAAUGUCAGCGUGGCUCCAUACUACUCCUUUGAUGCUACCAAAAGAGCGAUUGCUUCGAUGAAAUUACAAGUAGAAGAGAUCAGCAAGACAGAAUUGAUGAAAAUCUCAGGAGCAGUGAAGGAAGUGUAUAUCACACAAGAAACUGAGAAAAACCCAAGGAGGGAAUCUAUACUGAGGGAAGAGCCACGGAGCAGAGAAGAACCCAGGACCAGAGAAGACUUUUUGAAAUACUCUUGCUCCUUGUCUUUGGAUGUAAACUCUGUGCACCCUAACCUUCACCUCUCCGAGGGUAACAGAACCGCUACAAUGAAAAGUGAACCAAAGAACUACCCUGAGCAUCCAGACCGAUUUGACCACUGGCAGCAGGUGCUGUGCAGGGAGACUGUGACCGGGACGCGCUGCUACUGGGAAGUGGACUGGAAGGGAACGGAGAUUGAUGUGGGGGUCACUUACAGGGGAAUCCGCCGCAAAGGGAACGGCAACGACUGCAGCCUGGGCUGGAACGAAAAGUCCUGGAGUCUCUACUGCUCAGACUCCAAAUUUUCCUUCGUGCACAACAAUAAAAGCAAAGACAUCUCCGCGCCAAUGUCCCCCCGUGUUGGGGUCUACUUGGAUCACGCAGCUGGAAUACUUGCGUUUUACAGUGUCUCUGAUGGCAUGCGCCUUCUGCACAAAGUCCAGACUACAUUCACCGAGCCCAUCUACCCCGCUUUCAGUGUGUGGGGCUUUGGAUCCACUAUAAGACUCUAGAGGGUGCAUAUCCUAUUUUUUUUAUUUUACAGUAAGGACUUAUUUUCAAUGCUUGUGGAAAAGCUGAUGAAGGGAAUAUGAUUAAAUUAGUUUUGUAUUUUUCCAAAGGCCAUUUUUCUAUGUUUGAUUAUAUUGUUUGAUUGUUUUCAUUACUGCUGUUGUUUUGGGGGAAGUUAGAGUACAAUAAUAUGUGCAAGUUGGAAUAGUGUGAAACAGCCAAUGAUUAUAUUGCUUUAUCAAGAAGA